GCGCUCAAGGCCCAGCAUGGCGCACGCCGACUGGCAGGAGAAGGCCAAGGAGGGCAUCGGCAGCGGCCUCGCCAAGAUGACGAUGGGCUUCAAGCGCGCCGCAAACGAGACAGAGGCGUUUGCAAAGUCGACGAAGCUCAAGGGAGAGAUUGUGCUCAUCGAGCGCAAGAUCGGCGGCAUCAAGGAGUCCUUUGGCCGCGAGGUGUAUGACUGCAUGGCUGCUGAGGACAAGGCGGCGACGGAGCGGCUCUUCUACGCGUGCCGCGAGCGCGUGCGCGAGCUAGAGGGCGAGAUCGCAGCCAAGCGGGCCACGAUGGAGGCGCUCAAGCCAGGCAGCACGGCGGCGGACGGCGGCAGUGGCGGCGGCGGCGGCGGCGGCGGCGGCGGCGGCGGCGGCGGCGGCGGCGAGGCGGGCGGCGCUGCGUGGGGCGCGCCACCGCAGGGCCCGCCACCAGGCGUGGGUCCUCCGCUGCCCGAGGGGUGGAAGCGCGCGACAUCGCCCGAGGGGCGCGAGUACUAUUACCACGCAACCUCCGGCGAGACCUCCUGGACGCUCCCGGCCGCCUAGCGCUACGGAGACCUGCUGACACUGAGGAAUGACUCCUGCGGUGCCGUGAAAGAAAAUGUGAAAGUUAGUGUCGCAAAACUCUCCGCGACCGCGUGUGCGGUGUGGCGCGGAGGUGUAAGGGGUGUGUGUACCAUCUCCACUUCGAACUUGCUUCGUUAGCUGCAUCCUCUCUCUCGCUCCUAUAAAAACUCCGUCUGCGCCGCUGCCGGGC